UCCAGGGACAACGUGUAGUUACGCACAUACACGCGCGCGCACACACAGAAACCCACAACAGCAGCAGGGCAGCGAGGAGAGACAGGGAAGUAACUGUAGCAGGUGGGCUGCUGCCGGUGUCACCCACCUCUCUCCGGCUCUUGAAUUAUUCUCGUGUUCCUGUUUCUGACCUGCUGAGUGGGAAACGCACAGGACGAGCGGUGGAGCGUCGACGCACUUUGAAGGACGCAGAAAGACUAGCUGGGACUCGGCUGAUAGUACGACAGGGGACGUUAGCUGAGCGUGAGGCUGUUAAGCUCUGUGGUAGAUGCUGUUAUUGUUCUGAGGACACAGUCAGAAACCAUUACAGCAGCUGCAGAGAGUCCUCCUCUAGUUGUUUGUUGUGUUGAUGUGGGCGAAACAGGUGGGGGUUUUUUAGAGGAGCUGGCAUGCCGGUACCGACAGUGAAGACGGUGGUCCAGUGUCCCGUCUGCCGUUGACGCUUAUUAUCCUUCUCUCUGACCGAAAGUGGCCAUGAAGGACACGGGGGAAUCAAAGGACCACCAACUGACUGUUGCCUUGAGGAUCCGACCCCUCAGCGAUGCUGAGCAGGAGGAGGCGGCUACGAUCGUGGCCCACAGAGUGGAUGACCAGAUGGUGGUUCUGAUGGACCCCAUGGAAGACCCGGACGACAUCCUGCGUGCCAACCGCUCCAGGGAGAAGACUUACAUGUUUGAUGUGGCGUUUGACUACUCAGCCAGUCAGGAGGAGGUGUACCGAGCUACAACCAAAGGGCUGAUUGAGGGCCUCAUAUCAGGCUACAAUGCCACCGUGUUUGCCUACGGACCCACGGGUUGUGGGAAGACAUACACCAUGUUGGGAACAGACAAGGAGCCAGGCAUCUACGUUCGAACGCUGAACGACCUGUUCCGUGCUAUUGAGGAGACCAGUGAUGACAUGCUGUAUAGCGUCUCCAUGUCCUAUCUGGAGAUCUACAAUGAGAUGAUCCGUGACCUCCUAAACCCAUCAUCGGGCUUUUUGGACCUGAGAGAAGACUCUAAAGGAGUGAUUCAGGUUGCUGGCAUCACAGAGGUGUCUACCAUCAAUGCACAAGAGAUCAUGGAAUUGCUGAUGAGGGGCAACAAACAGCGCACCCAGGAGCCAACCGCUGCCAAUCAGACGUCCUCUCGCUCCCACGCUGUGCUGCAGGUGGCCGUCAAGCAGCAGAGCCGGUGUCGAGACGUCCUGCAGGAGGUCCGCUUUGCACGCCUCUUCAUGAUUGACCUCGCCGGCUCCGAACGAGCAGCCCAGACUCAGAAUAGGGGUCAGCGGUUGAAAGAGGGGGCCCACAUCAACCGCUCCCUCCUGGCUUUAGGCAACUGCAUCAACGCCCUGAGUGACAAAAAUGGCAACAAGUAUGUCAACUAUCGAGACAGCAAGUUGACUCGACUACUGAAGGACUCGUUGGGCGGGAACAGCCGAACGGUCAUGAUAGCCCACAUUAGCCCUGCCUCUAUGGCUUUUGAGGAGUCUCGUAACACGCUGACAUACGCUGACCGUGCCAAAAGCAUUCGAACACGGGUAAAGAAGAACCUAAUAAAUGUGUCAUACCACAUUGCUCAGUACACCAACAUCAUCUCAGACCUGCGCUGCGAGAUCCAGCGGCUCAAGAAGAAGAUUGCAGAUCAGGCGAGCCGCCAGCUCAACUCAGAUCGGACUGACAUCCGCCAUGUCCAGGCGGAGGUCCAGGCCCACUCCAGUCAUCAGAGUCGGGCAGAGAUGGACCAGUUGAGGGAGCAGCUCCUGGAAGCCUUCCGCCAACAAAUGGAGAUCAGGAGGAGCUUGAUGGAGCUGGAAAACAGCAACAUGGAGAUCCAGAUCGACACCUCCAAACACCUGCUAACCAUUGCAGACUGGGAGCAGGAGCGGAGUAGGCGCAGGAGGAAGUGGCGUGCUGAAAGGACGAAGGAAAGUGUCAAUAAGGACGAAAGUGAGAAGGACUCUGACUCCCCGGAUUCUCCUCCGGACAGCACAGAGAGCCAGCAGUUAGCGAUGGCACGAGAAAACCUGGUUACCCUCAUGACUGAACAGAAAAAGAUCCACAAACAGAAGGAGUUGCUCGAGCACAGAUUUCUGGAGCUUCGGGAUCGGGCCCGGCGCUUGGAGGAGCUGUUGCCUCGGCGGGUGAGCUCAGAGGAGCAGCGCGAGGUCCUGUGCCUUCUCUGCAAGGUCCAUGAGCUAGAGAUCGAGAACGCAGAGAUGCAGUCCCACGCGCUGCUCAAGGACAACGUCAUCCGGCAGAAAAACUUUGUGGUGCAGCGCUUCGAGCAACACAGACACCUGUGUGACGAGAUCAUACAGCAGCAGAGACAGUUCAUUGAUGACCACAGUCUGCUGGUACCUCCACACCUCCAGGAGCUGUAUGAUAUGUACAUGAGGGAGCUGGAUGAGAGGAAACUAGACAAAGCCAUGGCCCUGGAUAAGGUGACCAUCAGACACACCAUCAAGGAGGGCUCUCUACCCAAGAUCACCCUGCCCGGUCAGGGUCGUGACAACAUGCAGGACAUGGACUCAGACCAGGAGAGUGUGCGCAACAUGUGCUCUGAUAACAGACGAGGCCAAGCCAAAAUUCGUAGACACACUUUGCCCCCAAUUCUGCCUGAGCCUGAGCUGGACAAUAACAGAGUUUUUAAGAACAGCCCUCAUGCCAGGCAGAUAAAAAACUCGGCUGUCAUGACUCCACCUCCCAUCCACAUUAACGGGAAGGGCAACAGAGAGCUGCAGCCGCUGGCUCAUGAGAGCUCUCUGAGCUACAGCCAUCUCAGCCACAGUGUCAGCAGCCACCUGGACUCAUCACCCGAGAGCAGCGAGGCCGGGGCUGAUAUCCCCCUUUCAAGAACUGAGCGGCAACAGAUCCUAAAGGGAGUCCAGAACAUUGUAGUAAAAGCAGCCCGUCGACGCUCCAAAGCCCUGGAGGUGGAUGCCUUGCGGUUACCGCCUCCCUCCUCUCCCCUGGACCCCAAGAAGCAGAAGAGCAGCCUCUCUUUGAGUGAGGCACCCCCUAGAGGUUUGCCAAUGCGGCGUGGCAGGCAGCCUAGCCCCGAGCUCAGACAUGCCACCUCGGACGAUAACCUGUCUAGCAGCACAGGUGAGGGGCCCGGCCUGCAAGUGACCUGGACACGCCCACGUAACCGUCAGGUCGGCAACAAGAACCAAACGCCCCGCGAACUGGACUUUGAGGCUCGCCGCAAGAAGAGGCGCUCACGCUCUUUCGAGGUCACUGGUCAAGCACUGCCUCAAACUAAGACAACCACAGCUCAGAGGUUCCGUCCUUUGGACAGCACAUCAGACCCCCAUCUCCACAAUAACGGUCAGCCCCAGGCUCCCAUGCUCCGCCCCCAGUACAGAGGGGUCCCUCAUCUCGCCAAAGUCCGGGCACCCCACAACAGCCAGCAAACAGGCUCAAAUGCAGAGUCCUCUGCAGCCCACAUGAAUAACCUGAAGCGAGGGCCCCAGCUGCGGCAGCCCCAGCCCCUCCUCUACAUCACCACCACAGGCACUGGGGGCCAGCGCACACGCAGACACUGAGCCAUUACCCACAUUUAUCCUCAACACCAGCACUAACACCCAAACCAGCUGAGCCCGAAGGGGAACUGUCUCCUAACUGGAGCACCCAAACCACCCCUAGCCCCAUUAAAAUCAACAGUUAACCCCUCAGUGACCGACAUAAGGCAAGAUUGUGAGGCAGUAUGAUGGAGACUAACCAGACAGUAGCUGGAUACCUCCACACAGGUCUACUCUGUGCUUUGUUGUGGACACUGAGCGGCGGCGCUGACGGGCUCUGAGACCUACAAGCCUGCAGACGCCAAAGAUUGCUGGACGUACAGUGCGUGUCCUGUUCUGUCAAGUGUUUCCACUUUAGCUUGCUGUCGUGCUGAAUUAUGUUAUCGUCAAGUCAGGAUGGUGUCAAGCUCACUGUGAAUGCAACACUGCAUUAAUGUUUGUGCAUUAUGUGUAUAUACAGUUUGGUAAUUUUCAGUGCUUGUAUGAAGGCCAGAAACUGAAACAUCAAGCUAAUGGGGGAUGUUUAUGGGGCUCAACCUCACAGCAGUGGUGUAAUUAAGAAGCGAUGGAAAAGACUGGCUUUAUUAGACAAAGGAUACAAAAGCUGAGAGGAUAUUACACUAAUGGCAAUGUAAAAAAAAAAAAUUGUAAUGAAAACAUGGCCUACUGUCAAAUUGUUUCAGCAUCAAUUUUUCUUGUAGUGAUGUUUCAAUUUAAUGAGACACUAAUAUUUGAGUAAAAAAAUCAUCUUGAUUGUUGUGCACUUCUUGAUUCAAACUCAAUGUUGUAUUCUCACACGCCCCAGGUCUAUGCCUUUUCUUACCCAAACUUGACUGUUAAAUGUCAUGUCUGUUUGUGUAGAUCAGCACCACAGGUUGCUUUUCCAGAUUAGUUGGAUGUGUUUUUAAGGAGUUAUUUAACUGUUGCCUUUUCUUUUAUGGUGUUGUCAUUGACAUUGUUUUCAUAAUUACUACUUGAUGCUUUAUUUUGUAAUUUUUUUUAAUUUGUACCCAAAUAAAUUCAAAGGAGAUAA